AUGAAAGGCAAGCGGCUUACAUCCUUCACAGGGAAACUGUUCAACAUGUACGAAUGUGCUGCGCUAUGUACGCUGAAGGUUCACGACCUAUAUUGCACCCCCACUUUGCUGCAGAUCCUUCACACUGUCUCAUCCACUAGCUGCAUCGACAGUCUCCGCCUUGAUAAAGACUAUAACGCUGCUGAAACUGUUGGCGGCACUGGCGAGGAUAUGAAGCCCAGUGACAUCGAGGACGAGUUGACGACUAUCGCAAUGCUCGUAGCAGAGCAGUAA